AUGCAAAUUAUACCAAUUCAUACUGCUUUGUCGCGCAGUAAUACUAAUCUUGUAAAAGGACCCACUGUUUUGAACAAGACUUGUUUGUACUACUACGCUUUCUACAUUACUGUACUGAAUCAAACUCGUUAUCGUCGUUUUCAUCCUCAAGCUGUCAAGACUUCGAAAGACGUCUAUCGGUUGUUGGUGGGUUAUGUUUUACUUUACUUUAUAUUUUUACUUUACUCUGUAUUUUUACUUAACCUAACUUUAUAUUGGUUAUGUUAAUGCUUUUUCUUUCUAACAUCACAACGAAGGCUCUUUAGCUAACAUCCCAACGAGUGCUCAAGAGUUGUUUCACGCCUGAAUCUGAACCGUUUUCGUGUAUAAUCUGUGACGAGAGAGUGCUUUUUCAUGGCGAAGAGGUGACCAUUUAUACUACCAGCCAAACUCAAGUUAUGGUGGUGGUAAAAGCUCUCAUUCCGGCUCAACCUUCUUUGGAGGUGAAUAUACUCUCUAGCCUGAAGCAGAAAUGUUUACAGAGAUAUUUGGUGAAGAUGGUUUACAGGGCAAAGAGUAAGAAGCCUAAAGUUUUAAAAUCCCAUACUUUUUUGAAAUUUUAAAAUAUUUUAAAAAUUUAAAAUUUUUUAAUAUUCAAAAAUCUUUUCUUCAGAGCUGAACGUAAAAUUGUGUGUGGACCGAAAUAAUGUAUGUCGAGUUGUGCGACAAGUUCUGACCGACCUGAACAUGCAGUUGACUUACGCCGGCGACGAUGAAAAAAAUCAGUACAAAUUCUACGGGACAAGCGUACAGAAUCCAGCGCUGGAAAGGCCGACGAUACAUUGGGGUCAACAAUUGUGGAGAGGCAAAAAGUUUUACUUGUUCGAUCAUGUCUAUCAUGCUUUUUUUAGGCCGCCGGGUUGUGCUGUUCAAGAAGGAUGUAAGUUUUUCUCCGGAUUACUCGGAUUAAUUGGCUCGACUCUUAGCCCUAGCCCCAGAUUAGCCCUAGUCUUAGCUUUAGCCCUAGCCUUAGCUCUAGUCUUAGCUUUAGCCCUAGCCUUAGCCCUAGUCUUAGCGACCUCGUCUUAGUUUUAGUCUUAUUUCUAGACCGACCUAUAUCCUUAGCUUUAGCCACAGCUUUUGCCCUAACAACUAGUCUUAGCUCUAGAACAAGAGUUAGGACUUACGUGCUUAACUCUUUUAUUGUUUUAGGCUCAGUCUUAUUUUAAGCGUAAGUCUAAAGCUAAAAUUUUAGCCCUAGAUCUGGCCUUAACUAAAACUUCUUCUUAUACUUUUAGGCUUAUCUCAUCCUUCUUUAUUCUAUUUUAGACCUGGCAGAGCUCUUCGACCACGCUUUCGAUGAAAUGUACUUGCAUUGUAUCAACUUUCUCACACUCUACCAGUACUUGUCGUUAUCACCAAACGCAAAAGAAACUGAAUUUUACUGUGAUGUCAAGUUUAUGGACAUGUUCGACGACUCAACGUUCGAGUACUACAGAACAAUUUUGGUCGAUUUUGCGCGAGUUGAGGUAGGGAAAGUGGGACUUUAUGCUAGACUCUUGGUCAGCUGUAUUGAGUACGACAAACUGAAGCCUUUUUUUCAAAAAACUGUACAAAGCGUAUGCCAAGAUGAAGAAACUGAAGGAAGAAUUCGUAUUUCUUGAGUUUUUUAGAUCUGUCAUCAUCAGUCUACCGGUUGAGGUAGGUGUUUUACAAAGUGAAGAGAAGGAAUAGCAGAGGGGCAGGGUAAGCGGGCUUCUGGGUUUUUAGAAGGCACGAUAGGAAGGGAGAGGGGGGGGGGAGGGGGAGGUGAAAAGGGAACAUUUUGGGUUUUAGGAGACACGACAAGAAGAUAACUUUGGUAAAACUAUGUUACAGUAAGCGUGGAACUUGGAUGUGAUAAAGAGUCACUGUAACAUUGUAAAAUAAGGCAACUUGAGGCUAGCAACGAUAGGACAAGCUAAAGAUAUGCUUCGGUAAGGGUAUAAUAGGUGGGCUAUUGUUAUAUAUGAAAUUACGGUACAAUACAGUAGUGUAAAAUAUUGUAAGGUACGAUAGAGUACGGUAAGACAGAGCAAGAUAGGGUAGGGUACGGUAAGACAGAGCAAGGUAGGGUAGGGUAGGUUCUGUAAAUUCAAUAAAGGGUAAUUUUUAGAAUAGUGGCCGAGACACUGAAUUCAUUAAUGACUUGCGUGGCCUAUCACAACAUCGCAACUUUGACAUAUCGAAUACUCGUUGGACUUACGGAACGGAGGAUGAUAUCAUUCAGCUCACGGUCUUUUGCAAUUUUGAUGAUAUUGUAUUGCAACGUUUGAGACAGCCGAUUAUGUUCGAGGAAUAA